AUGGACUUUGCGGCGCUUGAGGAUAUCGAUGGAGUUCGCCUUACUUGGAACAUUUGGCCGAACAGCAAGCUAGAGGCGACUAAAUGCGUUAUCCCGUUCGCUUCAGUCUAUACGCCAAACAAGCGCUUACCGACUAUGCCGGUGUUGCCGUACGAGCCCAUCCCCUGCAAGCAGUGCUCGGCAAUUCUCAACCCAUAUGCGCGAGUGGACUUCUACUCGAAGGUCUGGAUAUGCCCUUUCUGCCAUUCACGGAAUCACUUCCCAGCGCACUACCAGGGCAUCUCCGACACGAGCAUGCCGGCCGAGCUGUAUCCCAACUACUGCACCAUUGAAUACACGCUGCCGAAGACGGUAGCACCGCACCCGCCGGCCUAUAUCUUCCUCAUCGAUACAUGCGUAUCUGAGGACGAGCUGGGAGCCUGCAAGACCGCAAUCAUGCAGGCAAUCCAGACGCUGCCCGAGUACGCAUACGUGGGCCUGGUCACGUUCGGCACACAUGUGCACGUAUACGAGCUGGGCUUCACGGAAUGCUCCAAGUGCUUCGUCUUCCGUGGAUCAAAGGAGUACACGAGCCAGCAGAUUAUCGAGCAGCUGGGCAUCCGUGGGGGUGCAGCGCCGCGGCCCGGCGGGCCUGCAGCUGCUGGGCAGCCUGGGCCGCCCACUGGCGCCCCGCAGCGGCGCUUCCUGAUGCCGCUGGGCGAAUGUGAGUUUACUCUUACCACGGCGCUUGAGGAGCUGCAGAAGGACUCCUAUCCGGUCAUCGCUACGCACCGGCCGGCCCGCUGCACGGGCACGGCCAUGCAGGUGGCGGCGGCCUUGUUGGGCGCGUCGGUGCCCAUCGGCAGCUGUGCGGCGCGCAUCCUUCUGUUUGUGGGCGGGCCAUGCACGGAGGGCAGCGGCAAGGUGGUGAACCGGGAGCUCACGGAGGAAAUCCGUUCGCAUAAGGACCUCGCUAAGGACGGUGCACCGCAUUACCGCAAGGCGAAGAAGUUCUACGAUGGCCUGGCUGCGGAGCUGGUGGCGCAUGGCCACGCACUUGACAUUUUUGCGUGCGCUCUCGACCAGGUGGGUGUCGCCGAGAUGAAAGACGUGGUGAUGACGACCGGAGGCCUCACGGUGCUGACGGACACGUACCACAACAUCGUGUUCCGGGACUCCCUGAAGCGCCUGUUCGCACGCGACGGUGAGGACUGCUUCCUGGGUCUCUCCUCCAACGCGACAUUCGAGGUCAUUCCGUCUCGGGAUAUCAAGGUGGCUGGCCUGCUGGGGCCCGCCGCGCGCGUGGACAAAAAGAGCCCCUACGUGGCGGACGUGGAGGUGGGGCUUGGCGGAACCACCACAUGGAAGCUGUGCAGCCUGGACUCCGAGACCAGCCUGGCCGUGCUGUACGAGGUCACCGCCGCUACCAACCGGGAUGCAGGCGAUGCGCAGGCGAACGCGCAGUUUUUCCUGCAGUUCAUCACGCGGUACCUACACUGGACGGGUGAGCUGCGCUGCCGUGUGACAACCGUCACGCGCCGCUGGAUUGACGGCAGCCAAGUCGGGGAGGUCAUCGCAGGCUUCGAUCAAGAAGCGGCCGCUGUGCUUAUGGGACGCCUGGCAACGCACAAGAUGGAGACGGAGGAGGACUUUGACGCGACACGGUGGCUUGACCGCGCACUGAUCCGCCUGGCGCAGCGCUUUGGCGACUACCGCAAAGACGACCCGCAGUCCUUCAACCUGCGGUCCGAGCUCAGCUUCUAUCCGCAGUUCAUGUUCCACCUGCGGAGGAGCCCAUUCGUGCAGGUCUUCGGCAACAGCCCGGACGAGACGGCCUACUACCGGAUGGCGUUGUUCCGGGUGUCGGUCCCAGACGCCAUGGUGAUGAUUCAACCGCAGCUGAUGGCAUACCACUUCAACGGACCACCGGAGCCCGUCCUUUUGGACGUCUCAUCCAUCUUGCCAGAGCGCCUCCUCUUGCUAGACGCCUACUUUUACGUCGUCGUGUUCCACGGCACUACCAUCGCGCAGUGGCGCAAGGCGGAGUACCACCGGCAGCCCGAGCAUGUCGCAUUCGCGCAGGUGCUGUCAGCGCCUCAGGCGGAGGCGAAGGAGAUUGUCAAGCGGCGGUUCCCAGUGCCCAAGAUUGUCGAAUGCGAUAACAACGGCAGUCAGGCCCGCUUCCUGCUUGUCAAGCUUAACCCAUCCUCCACAUACACGUCGGCAACGCCAAUGUCGGCGGAGGUGAUCAACACCGACGACGUCAGCUUGGCGACGUUCACGGAGCACCUGAAGCGGCUGGCGGUGCAGUCUUGAGCAGCAGGGGACGCGUGAUGACGUUGGGGCCCCGCUGCCGACAUUGCAUGAAAACUCCCUAGAUGGAUUGGGGGGCAUUGGGCUGCUUGACUAGGUUUUGACUUCGGGUGUUUGCAUUUGGGAGUGUUUCUGGUUUGAUCCAUCACGGCACAUUGACGGUCUUGCGGAGAGGCAGGCUUGCCCGGGUGAUGUGCACGGGGUACUUGCGAGUUGUUUGCUGAGGUUGGGUCUGUGACGAGAGAAAUUCUUAGGGACUGACUCUUUGACCGGGUCGGUGUCUGGUUGGACAGCAGAGAUGGCUAUUAUGACCUUCAUGUGUGCUUCGUACAGCGAACGGUGUAGGGCAGGCUGAGGCGCCUGACGUUGGUAUCCGGGCGAUUAAUCAUGGAUAGGCCUAUUGUUCGUUUGGAGCCCUUCGCAUUGGGCACAUCACGGUGGUUCAGCUGUUAGGGUUACUGUGUGGACCUCGCCGCCGGUAAUCCGUUGGCUCCUUAACUGGCCGUGUGGUACGCAUGCGCUGUCACCAAGUGCGGCUGUAUCGAUAAUCCCUUCAAACAAGGGCACAUAUGUAAUUAUGACUUAGA